CCUCCAAUAACUUUGGUUAAAUCGUCCUCCCGCCACUUUGAACAACCACUCUACUCUAUUCCCCUUUUCCCUUCCAAUUAACUAAACCAUAAACCCUAAUUUUUUUCGGUGAAUUUCUUUGCUCAAAUUCGAUUUCAUGUUCCUCUAAUUAUAAUCUGCUGCAAAACCUUGAAAGUUCGGAGCUUGAAGAUGGGAGAUUCUAGGGAGGCAUCUCCUGAUUGGUUGCGUUCUUUUAAGGCUCCUACUCAAUCUAUCACAACUUUGUCAUCUGAUUCAGAGCCUUCUAGUGACAAAAGCCCUGCAAGAGACGAUAGUGAUACAACCCAUAGAACAUCAAACUUGUUGGAGGAAGAUGGGGAAGAGGAUGAAAAGAUAUGUGAUAUUCCCAUAAAGUCUCAUACCAAAAAGUCACCAAUCAAGAAGACAACUAACAAACGAGUGAAAGUUGGUAAGGUAACGCCUGCCAAAAGGAAAAAAUCUGAAAAGCCUGAGAAAAGAGGGGCUGAAGAUGAUGAGAAUGUUAAGAUGGAAGAAGUUUCUGAUAAGUCAAUGGAAGCUCCUGCAACUGCACCAAGUUCAGUUUGCGAACUGUCAUCAGAUUCUGAGUCCCACUUAGAUACAACCACAGGGGAAAAGAAAGAGAAACAUGAUGAUGAAGAGUCUGCACCUAGUAGUGCAGUGAAGGAAAAAUCUCCAAAGAAAAGGAUGAAACAGGAAGAUGUUCAACCAACAGAGAAGAGAACGAAUGAACUGUCAUCAGAUUCUGAAUCAUACUUAGAUGCAACCAUAAGUGAAAAGAAAGAGAAACAUAAUGAUGAAGAGUCUGCACCCCGUAGUGCAGUGAAGAGAAAGUCUCCAAAGAAAAGGAUGAAACAGGAAGAAGUUCAACCAACAGAGAAGAAGAGAACUAACGAGCCUUUGAAAGUAGAAGGGGAAGUUGACAAUAUGGAUGUCGCCGAGGAAGGCAAAGUUGAGAAGCAAACUGUUAGCUCUUCUACUUUGCCUUUGGUACUGCCUGACAAAGUACAUCGCUCUAAGGCACUUGUUGAGUGUGAAGGUGAAUCAAUUGAGUUGAGUGGUGAUAUGGGUGCUGUGGGACGGGUUAUUAUUUCAGAGACUCCAUCAAAAGAAUCUGAAAUGUUUCUCGAUUUAAAAGGAACCAUAUACAAAACCAUAAUUGUUCCUUCAAGAACAUUCUGUGUGGUCAGCGUUGGUCAGUCUGAGGCCAAGAUAGAGGCCAUCAUGAACGAUUUUAUUCAGCUAAAACCGCAAUCAAAUGUUUAUAACGCUGAGACUAUGGUUGAAGGAACACUGGAAGGGUUCACCUUUGACUCUGAUGAUGAAGCUGAUAAGAUGACCAAGGAUGGUAAAGCUGAUCAGAAAGAAGGCAGUGAAGAGAAAUCCAACAAGAAAACCAAAGGAAAAGCGGAGAAAAAACCGGCUGCAACAAAAAAGAAGGGGAAGGAUGCAGGAGGGAAGAAGCCAAUCAAAAGGAAACCUCAGGCACCAAAGAAAGGCAAGGCUAAGAAGUAAAACAAUGAGACUUGUUUUUAUGGUUAUUGGUUGUACACUAGUCAGUAUAUAUAUUCCUAUAGCUGCCAAGAUAAACCAAGAUGGUCUAAACUUUUUCAUUGAGUUAAACCAAAGGUAUAGGCUACCUUUUUCGUGUUCCCUUGUUUUUUUUUUUUAUGUCAUUACUUGAACAUGAUUACAAUUUUCAAAUGAAAGAGAAGAUUCAUACA